AUGCGUCUUCACACCAGCAUCCUUUUCGCUGUCGUCUCGACCUUCGCCGUCGCCUCGACCUUCGGUGCCGUGGCCGAAGGAGCCGCCAUCGGAGCCGGCAUUCCCAAUGGCGGCGUUGAGAGCGAUAUGGACGUCAAGCACUCUCUUCCCGAGACACGCUCUCUCCAGGACAACCAGGGCUAUGAGCACACCGCCUUUCUUUUGACCGACAAGGACGCCCAGGGCAACUUGACCUACCAGGGCAACUCCACCAUGCCCUGGCAUUCGUUUGAGACGCCGCACCACCCGGUCAACCCAGUCGACUGCAAGACGUCUCACGCGUCUCCGACGUUCGAGGAGAUCGACCAGCUAAUCCCCAAGCUCGAGAACCGCAAGCACGCCUGCGACCAGAACAACGCCGGCGGCUCCAAGUGCCGGCGUCUCGAGAAGUACAAGGGCGGUGAGGUCUCGCUGUGCGGCGGCCACCAGUACGCCAUGACCUGCAAGAAGAUCGCCUGGGCUGUCUUCGAGAUCAAGAAGUACUGCGGCAACAAGGGUAUGCAUAGGGCGGGCGGCCAGAUGCGUUUCGGUGGUGAGGGAAAGCUGCGUGUCGUCGUCCACUAG